CAAGAUGCUAUUGUCUUCUAUCAAUUAAUGAACAAAAGAUAAAAGAAUCAUUAUAGGAUUACAAUACAAGGCUAAUUACGACUCUUGUCAUGUAAAUCAGAGAGUCGURAUCAUGAGUGUGUUAGUGAUGUGUUUCGAUAUUCAUCAAAGCUGUGAAAAUGAACUUAGUUGAAGCAAAGGCUAUACUGCUUGCUGGCCACGAGAACUGGACAGCUUGUUGCUAAGAAAUGUGAAGUUCAGUUUUGGAAUUAACUUUCAUCGAGUUWGGGACACCAUGGUACUGGAAAAACAAUUUGAAGUUUGUUUUUUAGUGAAAAAGUUUGAUUUUGAGACGAACUCAAAGCUCUCAAAGCUCGCUGCAAAGCCACACGUUAUUACUGGUUGUGAUCAACCAAACAUUCAGCUUCCUCGCUCUUCGCCGAAAAUUAAAAAAGAAAACAAGAAAGAACAUGAAAAAUCGGACGAGAUGGUUAGAUAUCAAGGGUAUAAGCUCCCAAGUUUGUCGCGAAAUUAUAUUCCAAAGGAGAAGAAGAAGAAACAAGAUGUAACUUCGCAAGUUAGCAUUCAAGGUCAGAAGUGCUUUGAAGAAGACGAUGACAACAUAACAGGAAAACUGCGAAGUGUGUCUUCCAAAUUCUUAGCUCAAAAUAGGUGUAAGCCUUGCUUGGUUUCUUCUAUUGAUAAUGUAAGCUUGGUGAAUACAGGAGAUGAGGAUAAAAAGACAAACACGUUUGUAGAUGAUAAUUCUGGUACGAUGAACGAUAAAGAGGCAUUCAUGGUAGAUCUUUACGAUUCAACGAAAAAAAACAUUCCCGGUCUUGAAGGACGAAAGGUGAACUUAGAAAUGAAGUUAAGAGAAGAAAGGACCCUUAAAAGGAUAGAACGUUUGAGAACGCUAAGAAUUGAGGAACGUAGACUGAUGAAGGAAUUUUAUUUCCCAAAUGCUCAAGAAGUUAACUAUAAAAGCUUGGUCUUCAAAGAAAGGACUAGUAGUAAGGACGAAUUCACUCAAGUUCGAAAAAUUCUGAAUUCAGAAAAGAAAUGUGGCGCGGAAAGUUCUCAAUUUUUCCACAAUUUUUCUACCCAAGAAAGACACAAGAGUCGCACAAGAAAUACAGAAAGAAAGUUUAUUGAAUUGCCCAAAGUUGAAAGCUACGAUAUUCUAACUCCUCGAAAAAUUAUURCUAGUGAUGUCUGCCACGUGUUUAAAGAGAGCACAGUUGCCAAGGUAACGGUCUCUGAUCCAAAUAGRGGAGUCGCACUUCAAGAUGACAAAGAUAAGCAGUGUAAAAAAGCGAWUUUGAACGAGAUUUUUGCACAGACUAACGUUGUGGAGAUGAGRAAUCCUUCUCCGGUUCAUGGUCUAAAACUGGAUCCUAAAAAGGAGCUAGAAGCUAUUGACGAAGCAUUGAAACUCGUAGAGGAGAGUAACUUGGCAGAAGAAAAGAUGCUUGAAUUUGAAGCGGAGAAAAAGAUGGCAAUACGUGURCCAGUCCAGAAAUUUGUUAUUCAUUUGCCAUCAAUAUGCUGAGGUAAACUUUAUAGUUCGAUAAGGAGAAAAAGCCAAAUAAAUAAGUACAGACACAGUUAUAGUUACAUAGGCAUGCUUGCAAUCAUAGUUAACUAUGUUGCAAUUUAUCCGAGUCUCCGCCCGACGUCCGGCGGACAAUAGGACUCUAAAGAGGAAGUCUUGCGUUUUCGCGCGAAAAGAUUCAAAUCAACGAAAGCUACGAUACAAAAUGUGACGCAAGAAGUGACAAGACUGGAUAAUAGAAUGUUAUUAGUAAAUCUAUAUAUUGUUACAGUUGCCAAUUCUUUUAUACUAUGAUUUUACGAAGAUCUAUACCAUUUUUCUACUAAUAUAAUCGAUUCUGCGUAGCUUAGUUUUCAUCUACUUGUACUGUAACGUUAUAGACCUAUGGUCUUGAUCGUAGAUCUCGUUGCCAUGGCCAAACGAAAGAUAUGCAGAGAACAAUUCCUCUCGGGACUCAGUAAAAGGGGUCUACUUAUAAGACUGUUUACGCCAGGUUUUUAUUCAUUGUUCUCAAAUAUUCUAAGUCUUAAUAUCCUAAUAAUCUCGGUACGUUUUCUUCAAAGAACCCGUAUACGUUUCCAACGGGUGUGUAACGAGCCACUAUAAAAGUAAAAGUCARGCCAUUCUUUGUCACCACAGCGAUACCAACACCUAGUUUUGUUGUAGACUUCCAGACGACCUGAGAAAAAAAGAAAAUAGAAAAGGAGUCAUAUAAUGAUACACCUCUACGAGAGUCCCAGAAUUGGGAGCCGAGCGCACGCGCGUUUUGGCGGGAAGCUUCGUUCCAAAGAUUUUUGUCACUAGAGUUUUCUACUAUCAUUACAUGAAAUAUAAUUUCUUUUGAAUUUUUUGGGGAAUAAAUCUGAAUUUCAUUGACAUUGAGWAGCUAGAUGCAUCAUUGCGAAGCCAGUAGUCAAGGCGUAUUUUGAACAAAUCUUAUGGCAAGUUAAUUAUCUAAGUGUAGUCAUAUUGGGAUACCUGUGUAAAGUGGCCUGUAGCGGAACUGAAGCCAGGGAAGUUGAAGCUGUAGAGUUUUAUUUCGUCGUACCUGAAAAAACGCAAUAAAAUUAAGUUAGCAGUUUAUCACGA